AUGGCACCUUCCAAAGUGAGCUUGAAGCUCUUCAUAGACAAGAGGAGUAACCGAGUUCUCUUCGCCGAAGCAGGCAAGGAAUUCAUCGACUUCCUCUUUAACUUUCUCACCCUGCCGGUCGGAACUCUCGUUCCACUUCUUAAUCGAGAAGUAUUGGGCAGCUUCCAAAACAUUUACCAGAGCAUUCCAAAUUUUGGUGAUGCUUACCUCCAACCAAAUUUUAUCAAAGACACUCUCCUGAAGCCCAAAGUUUAUGUCCCUCGUGGUUGUUCAGACUUUCUCCACUUGCCAAACGUGGAAUUAUCAACACCAAGGAAAUUCUCUAUGUGUGGUAAUAGUCACAGGUACGUGUCUAACGAUAAAAUUUUAGUCUGUCCUUCAUGCUGGAAUCCUAUGAACUACCACGCUGAAAUUGUAGACACAUCAAUACUAGAGGGAGGGUACGUGAAAGAGUUGGUUACGUACAUGGUGAUGGAUGAUCUAGAGGUGAAACCGUUGUCCUCGAUUGCGUCUAUCGGCACUAUGCUUAACAAGUUUAAUGUCAAGGACAUAGGGUCUCUUGAGGAAAACGUGGUCAAUUUGAGCAUGGAUGUGGGAAACAAAGUCUUAUUUGCAGAAGCUGGAAAGGACUUUGUAGACUUCCUUUCUUACCUUCUUUCUCUGCUAGUUGGAACUGUAGUUCGUCUACUGACCAAGAAUAGCAUGGUGGGUUCCCUAGGAAAUUUGUAUGAGAGCGUAGAAACUCUCAGCGAGACUUACUUGCAGCCAAACCAGAGCAAGGACGCCAUACUGAAGCCCAAAAUUCCUCUCAGUGCUUCUGAUCUCCCUCUCUUGCUUUCGGCUGAUGAAACUAUGAUCCGAAAAAAGUUUUACAUGUGCCCAAGUUUUCACAGAAAUGUGGCUGAUGAUCCACGUGCCGCUUGUCCAAAUUGCAAUUGCUAUAUGAACACUGAAAUACCAUAUAUUGCUUUGGCAAAAGAGGCAUCUUCCGAUAAUGAGGGUGGCUAUGUGAAAGGGGUGGUGACUUAUAUUGUGAUGGAUGACUUCGUAGUGAAGCCUAUGUCUACUAUAUCCAGCAUUGCUUUGCUCGAGAAGUUUAGUGUCAAUUGUCUUAGUCCUUUUAUAUUUUAUAUAUAG